AUGGUGAAUAACGACACUGCAGAUGCCUUCUCCCUGAACCUAACCACCGCUCAAGUAAUCCCCCUCGGCAUCUUCUGCUUCUUCAUGACAAUAUUCGGACUUGUCGGCAACGGAACCGUUCUAUACUCCUCAGUCAGAUACAACUCCAUAAGACUCGACAAAAUCUCCCUGAUCUUUGUGAAGAAUCUGGCGGCGGCUGACAUCUUGUACACCAUCUUCACAAUAUUCCCCAACUUCAUUACCUUCUCUGCCCGGAGGUGGGUGCUGGGAAAAGUGUGGUGUUUCAUGAGUGCCCAGCUCAGCUUCAUUCCUGGUCUUGUCAACAUUUCCAUUGUGUUGUGCAUCACCCUCUACAGGCUAGUGUUGGUGGUGUCACCAUUCCAUAUCACCCGGUGUUACACCGCCAGAAUCAUUGCGGGAGGCUUCUGGGUAAUCGCUAUCAUCUUUACUUUGGUAAGUGCGAUUGUCUUCAAGGCUACGUCUGAUUUCAACCAAGAUAAUGGAACAUGCAUUUCGUCCCUCUAUGACGAUCCAAGUGCUAAAAAUGUGGUCACCGUUUUCAACAUGAUUUUCGUUAUUUUGCCCAUGGUACUGAUCACGCUGACCAAUGUCACCCUGUGUGUGAUAGCUUUCAGGCACUCCAGAAGUCAAAGAAUCGUGGUGGAUAAGCGGAAGAGUCGUAGAAACAAGGGACUAGUCAUGAUUUGUCUCCUCUCCGGAAUGUUUGUAGCCAGCUGGCUCCCUUACAUCAUCUACAACCUCAUCAAGGUUAAAACCUCUGCGGUCUCCCAGGAGCUAGAUAUCCUGUCUUUCCACUGCAUCUUCUUCAGCUCGUUCGGGAACCCCAUCCUCUACUCCCUCACUAACAAGAGAUUUGGCGAGUAUGUCAUGAGGUUGGUUCUGGACGUGAUGUAUUGUAACACAGAGAGUCCGAGUAGGCAGCGUUUGCCUACGAUAAGGAUGGGUUCUCAUGCUGCAGACAGACAGUUCUCUUCUAGUCAGCUACCUAGGUCACCUAUGUUGAGAUAG